GUGACUGAAGAACUGAUUUCAUUCCCCACCUGUUUCUACAGAACUUAUUCACCAAAUGGAUGAGCUGAAUGACGAGCUGCUGAAGAAGAUCACAAACAAUAAAAUUCAGCCUCCCCACAGGAAUUUCAAAGUGGAAAAGCCUCAGCAAGUUUUUGUACCCCUCACCAUUGAAUCCAGCACUGAAGAAGUCAAAGCCUGGCUGGAGGCCAAGUCAUUCAGCAAAGAGACCGUGGAACACCUGGGCAUCCUCACCGGAGCUCAGCUCUUCUCCCUCAACAGAGAGGAGCUGAAGAAGGUGUGUGGUGAUGAGGGAAACAGAGUGUACAGCAAGAUCACGGUGGAGAAAAACCAGCUGGAGAAAAGCAGAGGAGAGUCAGAGCUCCAAGAAAUCAUGAAGCGCCGCCAGGAAAGGAUUGAUUCUGCUAAUUAAAGUCUCUCUGCUUUAUUUCAGCUCUUAGCCCUAAGUAGUGCAGAAAAAAAGGGAAUGAAAGCAAUGAUUCCCGGCCCGGGCCGGAGGCAGCAGAGCUCCCCUUGGGGUCCAGCUGCCAUCAGAGUGACAAUUCCUUGAACACUGUUGGGAAGGGUUGACAAUAAGACCAUGUCCCACUGGGAAAGGUGUUUUAA